AUGAUGUCGCACUCGCACCUCUGGCAACAGGAGCAGGACCACUCCAUGGAAGGAAUCAUGGACUCCUUUGCCCCCGAGACCAGCUUUAGCUUUGACGGUUCCAUGAGCUGCGGGACUACAACACCAAGCUUCUCUGCCGCCUCCUCCGUCUACGACCCCAACGGUCCCUUCACUCCUCGCUCUGACCGCUCAACACCUCACGAUCACAGCCAGUCCAGCAUUGACUUUGACCCUUCCUUCUCCUCUCAUAGCUCCUUCUCCUUCGACCAUGCCCCAUCACAAGAUCCCAAGGGCUACUUUCCCAAGCCCGAGGAGGUGAAGAUCCAGAUGCCCAUGCAGUAUGCCUCAACACAUGUUACUCCCUCAAGGAGGCAGAGUGCCGGGUACGGCAUGGAGCAUCUCGACUACAACACAAUGCUUCACGUCACCCUCAACUCCCACUGUAUGCCUGGCAUGUCCUCGCCUCAUCAGCACCAGCAUCAGCAUCAGCACCACCAACACCACCACACAGAGCAGUACUCGCUCCACCCCGAGCUGAGCUCGUCGCCCUUUGUGAUGCCGACUCCUCACCGUGGCCUCCCGAGCUCCACGCCCAGCAACGCCCAUAUCUGGUCCUGUAGCAGCGAGAGCCCCAUCAUGAUGUUCGGCAACGAGGCCACGCCCUCAACCUCGCCCCUUCAGGCCAUGCACGGCGCCGUCAAGCGCGAGACCACAAACUCCCCUGCCCCCCUCCGCUCCCCCUCUUCGGCAGCCGCCUACCACCGUCAAGACCCCAGGCGCAAGCUCUUCGCCGAGGUCCAGCGCAAGACCCUCGCCCUCCAGAAGAACCAGAAUGACAUGGAGGCCCUGCGGCAACUGAGGUCGAUCCAGGUCAACCAGGACGGCUCCGUCCUCGAGUGCGGCUCAAUGAAGGUCCGCCAUGUAGCGCCCAGACGGGAGCGGUGCACAUAUCCCGACUGCACCAAGACGUUCAAGAGAAAGGAACAUCUCAAGCGACACUUCAAGGCUACCCACGAGAAGGAGGUUGAGCUCUACACGUGCCCCGCAACAAAUUGCAACCACGUGUUCAAGGAGCGCCGCGACAACUUUGUCUCCCAUCUCCUCCUCCACAAGCAGGGCAAGAGCAGCAGGACGCCGUACAACGAGAAGGCGGCCAAGCUCUACGACGAGAUGUGCCUGCAGAGCAAGAGCCGCAAGCGGGUCAAGACGGGCACCAGCUCAAGCCCCAGCAGUAGUGGCAGCAACAAGAACUGA